AUGCCCGAGUCCUCGUCCAGUACACCGGAGGCUCGUGAGCCCCGGAGUCCACGGUCUAUAUUAUGGUCCUACCUCAGUGAGGAUAUCCGCGAGGACAUGCUCCUGGAAACAGAGCUCUUGGUGCUUACCUUCGCGACGGGCAUCCAAGAUGCCGCCGCGUGGCCGGACUACGCGUGCUUCGCUUCGAAUCAAACUGGCAACACGCUUUUUCUCUUCAUCGGCGCAGCGGGCCUGACCAAGCAUUCCUACAGUAUCCCCAACAUAGCCUCCAGUCUUCUAAUGUUCGUGCUUGGCGCGCUCGUCCUCGGACAAAUGGGGAAUUGGAUCGGGGUGCGCAAACGGCUGUGGCUGCUCAUCAGCAAUGUGGUGCAAACAGUUCUCAUAUAUCUCGCACUGGCUGUCCAGAAUAUGGGCCCUGUUAAGAGGGACGGGAGGUCUGCCAUAGUGGUGGUGGGGUUGAUGGCUUUUUCAAGUGGAGGGCAGGUUGCCAUGGCGCGGUCGUUGAAGAUCACAGAGAUUACGACUGCUGCGGCUACGGCGGCGAUCAUUGAUGUUUGUGUUGAUCCGCAGUUGGCGAAGCUCAGGAAUCGGUUGAGAAACCGGAGGGUGCUGUUUCUGAUUAUGCUUGCUGCUGGGUGUUGUGUUGGAGUGUUUGUUCAGAAGAAGGUUGGGUCAAGGAUACCAAUGCUGCUUUGUGGAGGGUUAAAGGCAGUUGUCUGUUUCGCUUUCCUGAUUAACCGGGCUAUGAUUCUGGAGCCUGAAGUUAUGACUGGCGAUUUGAAGGUGUGA